AUGGAGCUUGAGCAAGAUUUUUUGGCUCAUAAGAGGGAUGAAGAGUACCUGAAGAAGGAGAGUAAGGUUGACCGUGCAUCAAAAGCUUCGUCGAGUCAACAUGGCGGUGGGAAGAAAAGAAAGGGGCAUUUGAAUCAAGGGAAUCGUGGUCAGAAGGAUGGCGGCAACGAAAGAGCAGUAGUGUCAGCUGAAGGUGAGGUUGUUGGCGCUAAACCAAUUAAUUUCUACGGGUUUUGUUAUAACUAUCGUGAAAGGGGGCAUAAGGCAUCAGAAUGUACCAAAGAAAAAGUUCAGACAACAGAUAUACGUGAGCAACCAAACACUGGGGUUGCAAACUGUAAUGUGCAUCUUCGUGGCCAGGGUCAACUCUUUGCUGUGCAACCUCCUGAGACGGAGAAUGCUACUUUAGGAGGUACUUUCUUUAUUUUAGGAGAGACUGUUAGUAUUUUAUUUGAUACCGGAGCUACUCAUUCUUUCAUUUUUGCUAAGUUAGUUCACGUGGUAAAUAUUUCUAUGAAAGUGUGUGAUUUUCCUUCAUGUGUUGCCACUCAUACGAGUAGUAUGGUAGAGUUGAGUAACAAGGUUGAUGCUUGUCCUAUUAUGAUUGGAUAUGUUGAGCAUUUGGCGGAUCUUUAUGUGUUAGAGAUGGUUCCUUACGAUGUAUAUUAG